CUUCUAUGACAGCCUGUCAUAUGCUUGUCGAACACCACAAUACCCGAAAUACCCGCAAACUGUUCAGAAACAUGGGAAGCAUGCGGAAAAGAGUGCCGGCGGCAAUGGUAAUCCUGAUUGCAUAUCAAGUGAGCAAGCAUCCCGCAAACUUCAGUGUGCCGAGGGCACCAAAGGCACCUGUAUCUUCAGCGCGUGCCAGUUUUGUUGACGAUCUGGCAGCAGCAGCAGGAGAUGCUAUGCGCAACCCAACAGUCCAAGCUGCAUACGCCGCGCUUGGUAAUCUUAAACAAGUCACAGAUUUUUUCAACUCGUUGAACACUGCUCUCAAGGCUUGGCAAAACUGGACAGGUUCGCGGAAAGGUGCAGCUGUUUACAAGACUGGUGACAAUAUUACCGAGCACACAUCACACCUCAUUCAGGGGAUGGAAAAAGCCGUUCAAGGUGGCAGCAACGUUCUGAUAUCAAGUGUCCAAAGAGCGCAAUUGCCAAGUGAACCAGUGAGAUGCACCUACCUUGAACAGCUCAUGGUCGCGGUGUUCUGCGACAAGAGUCCAGGCAUGUCAGCCAUCUACGCUGAGGCUGGCACUGGCAAGUCGGUUGCUGUCUUGCUCGCAGCCAUUGAAGUCGCUAGAGCAAAAACCUCAGAUUUCUUCGUGGUGUUGCAGAAUGAUUUGGAUGAGAGUCUGAAAACGUUUUUCCGGCUAUCCGAAGUCAGCUCAGCAGCUGACAUCGCCACAUCCUUCUUUAUCGCCAUGCAUGAGAGGAAGGUCCGUCUCCAUCUAAUUUUUGACAAUGUGUUGGACGGAGGCGUCAGCAGCGACAGAGAGAAGGACAUGCUAAAAGCACUGGCACGAGGGGCAAGUAGAUAUGGACACCAAGUAGUCUUCACCAUGCAGGGGAAGGAAGCUGCAGAGUCCAUCGCGGAACUCAAUGGUGACACAACCUACAUGGCAGAACUACAAGACAAAUCAUAUGGAGCCUACAGAUGGACUGAAAGUGAAACGGUGCAGCUAAUACAGAGAUUAUUGAAUGGACAGCAAGACACAAAUCAAAUUCUGGCAGACUCUGAAAUUCCUGAUAAGAUCGGACGUUGGAGACCUCGCUCUACGGAGUUGUUCAUCCAAUUUGGUCGAAAGCCGUCCGCGCCACUUCGAAGCAAGCAGGAAACCGUUUGGGUCAGACAGCUUCAAGAGGACGGUGAUACAUUCGAGCAGAUUGGCAACCCGUUCAAAGUCACCGGAGAGCUGGCAGACGUGGAUGACCUUAAGAAAGCAAUUAAGGCAGAGAAGCCGAACAAAGUGAAGUGUGACGCAGAUGAAAUUGAUGUUUUUAGCCAACAGGAUGGAAGUUGGAUUAGGGAAGAUGAAGAAGCAUCUGUCAAUCGCGGCACGUCUAAGACAGAUUGCUAUGGCUUCACAUUGCCAUCAGCGUGAGUGACGCCAAUUGAGAGCAAGGGUUCCCAAUAGUUUCACCGAAUUCCAUCUUUGGAGUAAAUGUAGAGUGGAUGUCGCUGUGGCAUGACCGUGCAUCACUC